CUCUCACCAGCUUCAUCUUGCUACUCGUUCAUCCGCUCUUCCAAUUCACAAAGUGCCAACAUGGCAAGAUCUCAAGACUUCUUACCUCUGCAUAGCAGAUCUGGUAAUCGUUCCUUAGCGCACUAUGCCAGACUGGUCACAUCACGGCGAAACCUACUCUACAAAGUCAUCAUAGCUGGAUUCCUCAUUACCAUGCUACUAUACGCUACUACACGACCAGUAGCACAUAGCAAUUCUAUGUUUUCAGAUCAAGUCAUCUCGCCGGACGAGAUCAAAAAUAAUCCAAUAAGCAAACCAGACUGGUCCAAGGAGAGCUUGAGUACGGACAUCCUGAAUAGACGAAGUAUUUACACCCCCCAAAUGUUCACUCCCGAGCAACUCAAGCACAAUGGUCUAAAGCCUGUCACCGCUGUCCUCCUGGGAUGGAAGCGCUUCGAGUCUUUGAAGUUUGUCAUCCAAUAUCUUACAAGAUAUCCUUUUAUCAAAGAAAUCAUCAUUUGGAACAACAACUUGGAUACCAGACUCAAUAUUGCUGACUUUGAUUUGGAUGUUGCUCAAUCAAUGCAUGUUGAAGUUAGAGUCUUUAAUUCAUAUGAAAACUUGCACGAUACCGCAAAAUACACCACAUGCUCCAUGGCCCAAUAUGAAUUUUGUUACUUUCAAGACGACGACUGGUUAAAUGUGUACAUGGACAGCAUGUAUACUAACUUUUUGCGUUAUCCGGAUCUCAUUCAUUCCAACACCAUGCCCAUCAUUCACCUUGAACACAAGCGAUGGCAGUUCACCAACCCUGAAAUCAAUAUGCACACUGGUUUUACUUGGCUUGGUUGUGGAGCAUUUGUUCCGAGAUGGAAAGUCCAAAAUUUCCUUGCUCAAUUAGGCUCAGCAGGACUUGGAAAAGAUCGUCUCCGCUUGGCAGACAUGUACUUCUCCAUAUGGACAAAUCAAUAUCCAUGGCAAUUAUCCAAUCCGCUUAAUCCGUUGGAUCAGAACGAAGGCUGGAGUGAUGGUGUCGAUCAAUGGGCUAUUGUCUAUCAGAAUGUGUAUGAUGCAGCAUCUCGACUCUAUACAGCAUUAGAAGCAAACGCUGUCUUGACCAGAAAUGACUAUUUUAUGCGAGAUGAAGAAGAACCAAAGGCGGCAGACAGAGAUGUUCGUGCCCCUUGCUAUAAUGAUAGAUGUCUCUUUAUUACCAGCAUGGAGCCUUUCCCUGCUCCUGAAAGCGUUGCGUUUGACAAUGUUAACAUCACUCAUGUUAAAGAUCAAGAAGCUAUCUUUAAUACUUUGGACUUCCCCAGUAACACAUUCUGGGAUGAGCAUGCUUACCACAAGGCCGUUGAUGGUAAUCCCAACACAUGCUGGAAUAGCUACAGAAAACCUUCUAAAGGCGACAAUUUUGGGUUACGGUUCGUACGAAAUACGAAAGCAAAUACCUUUACCAUCACAUUUUCCAAAGACAGCACCGCUUUUGAAAAUGCGCUGUCUUUAUCUGCCAUUGGUGUAGCAAGCGAAGAAUGGAUUCCUUGUCAGUCGCAAGUCGUCCACAGUAGUCACGUAAACCAAAUUUCAUUCAGCUUCCAUUGUCCAUCUACUGAAGCCGGUAUCAAGGGAAUCCGUGCUACGUUUACCCAAGAUAUGUCGGACUCAGUCGACGUUUGCGGCCUUGCACUAGAUGACUUUUCCGUUUAGAUUUUUUAACGGCGGAUAUAUUCACUGUAUUUAUUGAUCAUGCACCACCAAUCAAAUCAAAAGAAAUUACAAUCACUUAAGCUAUAAUAAACACUCUCUGGGUGAUAAGGCAAACAUUACGCUUUGAAAUCCCAAGGUUGUGCUGUAAUUCACGUGACUUC